GACGUGAUUUCCACUAUCGCUUCCGUGUGAGAGUGUGCGUGAGAGAGGGGGAAAGGAGAGGGGUGGGGGACGGACAAAUACGAGCUGCGGUUGUGAUUUUUUUUAACCCCCUCCCCCUCUCGCCUUUUAUUUUAUUUUACUCUGGAUCAUUUGAGGGGGUGUUUUUUUGUUGUUGUUCAAGUCAACGUGUGCGUGGUUUUUUAUUAUUAUUAAGCAAAGCUCUAUUUUUAAUUAAACAAGAAGAUGAAUAAGCUGUACAUAGGGAACUUGGGCGAAAACGUGAGCCCUCUGGACCUCGAAAGUCUCUUUAAAGAGUCCAAGAUCCCUUUCACCGGCCAGUUCCUCGUGAAGACUGGAUACGCGUUCGUGGACUGCCCCGAUGAGAACUGGGCUAUGAAGGCCAUCGAGGCACUUUCAGGUAAAGUUGAACUGCAGGGUAAACUCAUAGAAGUUGAACACUCAGUUCCCAAAAGACAAAGGAGUCGAAAACUUCAAAUCAGAAACAUCCCGCCACACUUGCAGUGGGAGGUGUUGGACAGCUUGCUAGCACAGUAUGGGACAGUGGAGAACUGUGAGCAAGUGAAUACUGAAACAGAGACUGCAGUAGUAAAUGUAACAUAUGCCAAUAAGGACCAGGCCAGACAAGCAAUAGAAAAACUCAAUGGAUUCCAGCUUGAAAACUACUCAUUAAAAGUUGCAUAUAUUCCUGAUGAAAUGGCAGCACAACCACCACCCCAGCAGCAUCCACAGGGGAGACGUGGAUUUGGGCAGAGAGGUCCUCCCAGACAAGGUUCGCCAGGUGCAGCUACGAGGCAGAAACCACAGUCUGAUGUUCCACUACGGAUGCUGGUUCCCACCCAGUUUGUAGGAGCCAUUAUUGGAAAAGAAGGAGCUACCAUCAGAAACAUCACAAAGCAGACACAGUCAAAAAUUGAUAUUCAUCGUAAAGAAAAUGCAGGUGCUGCUGAAAAACCAAUUACAAUCCAUUCUACUCCAGAAGGGUGCUCAACUGCUUGCAAAAUUAUCAUGGAGAUAAUGCAGAAGGAAGCUCAAGAUACUAAAUUUACAGAAGAAAUCCCCUUGAAGAUACUAGCACAUAACAAUUUUGUUGGCCGACUUAUUGGUAAAGAAGGACGGAAUUUGAAGAAAAUUGAACAGGACACAGACACUAAAAUCACAAUAUCUCCAUUGCAGGACUUGACGCUAUAUAAUCCAGAAAGGACCAUUACAGUUAAAGGCAGUAUUGAAACAUGUGCCAAGGCAGAGGAAGAAAUAAUGAAGAAAAUCAGGGAGUCGUAUGAAAAUGAUAUUGCUGCUAUGAAUCUUCAAGCACAUUUAAUUCCAGGAUUAAAUCUGAACGCCUUGGGUCUAUUCCCACCUUCUUCUUCAGGGAUACCACCUCCCACAGUGGGUGUUGCUUCAGCUGCUGCUGCCUCUUCAUACCCUCCAUUUGGGCAACAGCCAGAAUCUGAGACUGUUCAUCUGUUCAUUCCAGCGUUAGCAGUGGGAGCCAUUAUCGGCAAGCAGGGGCAACACAUCAAACAACUUUCUCGUUUUGCAGGUGCAUCUAUUAAGAUUGCACCUGCUGAAGGACCAGAUGCCAAGCUGAGAAUGGUGAUAAUCACUGGACCACCAGAGGCACAGUUCAAGGCUCAAGGAAGAAUCUAUGGGAAACUUAAGGAAGAAAAUUUCUUUGGACCUAAAGAAGAAGUGAAACUUGAAGCUCAUAUAAAAGUGCCAUCCUAUGCUGCUGGCAGAGUUAUUGGUAAAGGAGGCAAAACGGUAAAUGAGCUUCAGAAUUUGACAAGUGCAGAAGUUGUUGUUCCUCGUGACCAGACACCAGAUGAAAAUGAUCAGGUGGUUGUGAAAAUUACUGGCCAUUUCUAUGCAUGCCAGCUUGCCCAGCGAAAAAUUCAGGAAAUACUGGCUCAGGUAAGAAGGCAGCAACAGCAACAAAAGACAGCGCAAAGUGGACAGCCUCAACAGAGACGAAAAUAAAGGUUUAGGAAAAGACCCUUCGGAGACAGAGGCCCGACCAAAGAGAGAGACUGUAACGGACAGGUUCUGGGCACCUGUUGGAAUAAUAUGCAGAAGUUUCACCAAUCCAGUCAUUUGUUUGAGGACCAGGCCGCAGGUGGCAUAUGCUGUCUCCGAGAAUGUAUUCUUUAGGCUCUCUUACUUUUGAAAACCCAGCUUUAAACUAAGGACCCCUUCACUUCCCUUUUGUUCUAUUCUCACAGUUUAACAUAAACGUGUUAGUCUUCUUUUAUUGUUCUUACUAUUCCCCAGCAAUUUUAGAACUUGGUUUAAUGAAGCUUUCUCUUUUGAGUUCACUGGUUUAAAAAGAAAAGGCAUUGCUCUUCUAGGUCCACUUGUAAAAGAAGAAAAGACAAUUGAAGGGUGGGAUUAUGGGUUAGGGUUUGGGGUUUAGAACAAGGGCAUUGACAAAGAGGUUAAGUGUUACUCCCAAUGUUAACCAAGUGGCAUUUCUUUUACAUUUGGUUGCAUUUUUACAUAACACUGCCAUGUAUAAACUAAGGGAAGCGUUCAAUGGUGUUGGCCAGGGCAUGAAAAGAUAAAUAUGCAUUUUACUAAACUACCUCAGGCAUUUAAUACCUCAAGUAAGAAAUUGUUCCUUUUUUUGCUUUUCUUUUUUUCCUUUGGUAUUUUGUAUACUUUAUAAAGCUAAUAGUUCUUGAGCAUUUUAUUUUUUUAAAAAAAGUAAAAUUUGAUCAGCCAACAGCCAGGAGUACUACAGAAUUUAUUGAGGUGGAAGAUAUAUAGUAGAUUGCUUCUAGCUGCUGGCUGACAGGAGUAAGAUGGAAAAAUAUAGUCUCGGAUUAUAUCUGAGGGUGUCAACACAAUCAUUUGUUUGGGGUGGGGGGAAAUCAGUGAAUGUUCAAACGAUACCUAAACAAAUGCCAACAUUCUGAUAGUAGCAAUGCCAUUGUUUUUUCUUUUAGGAUGGGAUGAAAAAGUUUGAUGGUACUUUGUUGGGAACAGAACAAGGAAGUGAUGGCAAGAGGCUGGGGGGUAAAUUUUAGAAAGUCUUUUGGAGACUGGACUUUUUUUUCUCUUAUACUACUUGAUUGAAUGCAUGAACCCUUUGUGCCUUUGACCAUCACUACCUACCUACUAAUGCUACACUUAAACAUUUGCAGCCCAUUUGUACUUUACCAUUCUGUUUCAAAGAGCAAGCUUCAUCUUCAGUUUGAUAGGAUGCUUGAUCUGCUAGAGCCGUUUGGAGGCAUGGGUUCCCUGCUCUCCAGGAGAUUGCUUCAUACUGUUUUCAGUUACCAUGAUAUUGGGCAGGGGAGGAGAGAUCAGACAUUGUUUGAUCCCGUUUAAAGGUAAUGAAAGGCUAAGUUUACAUAUCCAGCCGCUACUAAGGGCCAGACUAAGCCACUUCAAAGGUUUUUUAAAAAAUAAAAAAAUGAAUUAAUACAACCUCAAGCUUGGCUUAUGAAAUAGAUACAGCAGGAUUUAUGCACGUUCUGCAACCAACCACAAAAAAAGGAGGGAGAAAACUUGUAUCAAAAGGCAGGGAUUGCAGGAGAUUUACCAAAUUUAUUUUUUUAAUUUCAGAAUGUAAUUUGAAUCAUGAUUGUGGUAAUAUGCAUUCAAGUUUCUACAAUAAACUUCAGUCUACCUCAGUUUUAACAAUGUGGCAACACAUGGUGCAUAAAGACUGCUGUGCGUGCAUGGGCCUACCCGUGUGCGCAAGCCAUGCUAUUACCUCGGACCCUUUUGUUUGUGAUGUUUCUGUGCAUGAGAAGAUUGGAACUGCUACGCUGCACUGAUUUGAGGGGCACAAUUAGCAAAAACAAAACUUUGUUUCACCAUUUUGUUGAUCUACCUCUUAGAUUGAUAUGAAAAUAGAGGCAUUUCUACAUAGAAUAGAUCAUUUUCCCAAAGAUUGUUGUUGUACAGGUUAGAUAACUUUUGAAAAAUGGUCUGUUCUUUUUUCUUCUUCUUUUUUUACUGCAUCAUUUCUUUACUAAUUGGUUUAAAAACCACAAAUUUAUGUUGUAGUUUAGCAGAAGGAAAAAAGCAGAAGUGUUUUUUUUUGUUUUUUUGGACAAUACUUUACCUAAUCUUUAGGAGAUUUUUUUCUUCUUCUUACAAUAACUU